AUGGAGGCUGACAUGCAAAUGGCUAUGCUGGCGCAUGAGCACAACAAGAAGAAAGCACUGGAGCCUCGGGUCACGGAGCCCAUCAUACUCCCAGAGAAGAAGAUCGAGCCAGCCCCACAGAGAGUGACCAGUCCUGCGCCAGAGCCCAAGGCAGAGUCCCAGGCUGAGGGGCAAGAGCCGCAGACUGCAACGCAGCUAAACUCCACCGCCGCUGCCAUUGCAUCCUACGGCUUCACCUACGACAUGAGUGCUCUCUAUGCAGCCUAUGGCCUGGGCAUGCCUACUGUGAACACCAUGAGUGCUGUGAACAUGAUGCCCGGAUACUCUUUUCCAGCAACUGCGGAUGUCGCAACAGCCAUGGCACAAACACAAGGUGCAGUGGCUGCGACUGCCGCCGUCGCAGACACUGCCGUGGCAUCCGAGGCCCCAACUUCUUCCAAAGCUGCUGCGCCAGGGCCUGAACCCGCAUCUCGCGAGGAGACGCUUGGAGCAGCCAUGGCCAAAUCCGGGAUGGCCGUGGGCCCAAAGCGCCCAGGGCCGCUACAGGCUGGGACAGCAGCGACCGCAGCGGCACCGGUCACGGUUGCGCCGAAGGUGGUUCCUGCUAGGCAUCCGGCGAAGGCCAAGUCCAUCACCCCGGGUCCUGGUCUUGCUGCGCCGGCAGUGACAGCAAUGCCCGAAGUAGUUCCUGCCGCAGCAUUGAAUCCGGCGCAUCCCCCCACGACAGUGCCCCCGAAGUCUGCCGCAGUGGGGUCGAUGGCAGUGCCGGCGGUGGUGCCUGGCGCGGACCUGCUGAGCAAGUCCAAGUCUGCGGCGGCUGCCCCAUCUGCGGUCGAAGCCCAGCAGUUUGCGGACAUCAGUCAGCCGGUGUUUCCAAAACAUCCUCAGUACUCGCCACCCCCGAAGGCUGCACCUACACCUGUGCCGGCCCAGCAUGAGCCAGCCGUGGCUCAGCAUCACAUGGCCUUUAAGUCACCUCCCCCUACAGCGGCAUACCAGGAGACACAGUCCUUUCAGAAAGCAGCCCCACAGCAGCCAUCCUUUCAAGACAGCCUUGCUCAGCAGGCGCAGGCCCAGGCCAAAGCAGCACCCCAAGUCCAAGUCCAUGAGCAGAACUACCAGCAAGCACAGCAUGCUCAUCAUGCUCCACAGCCGGGGCAACAGCAGCCAUACGCUCAGAAUGCCAGCGAGCAGUUGUAUCAGCAAGACGCCAGCGCGUAUCAGCAGGCCUACCCGCAAGGGGAUUCUCAGGCAUAUCAGCAGCAUGCACACCAGCAGACUCAGGCUGCCCAGCAAGCAUCUUCGACGCAGCCAUCUUUUCCACAACUCUAUCCCAAUGCGUAUCAAGCGCAACAGGAGCAUCCGCAACAACAGCACCAAGCCCCACAACAAUACCAGCAACAUCAGCAUCAUCAUCAGCAACCGCAACACCAGUACCAACAGCCCCAGCAAGCACAGGAGCACUCCCAGUACCAUCCGGAAGCUCAAGAGACCCCCCAGACUCGCGUCCAGGCCUUCUCCUUGAAAGAUCGGCCGAAAGCGAGCUCUGAGGAGGAUCAUCAGAUGCAGAUGCAGAAGUUCCUUACCAGCGCCAAGGCGGCAACGAAAGCCGACAGCGACGCGCCCUGGAAGCGGCAGCGCACUGCCUUCUCCGACCGCGACCGGGGCCAAGAGCAGCAUCGCGGCUGGGAGCGAGAGCCGCGUGAGCGCGACCAUGUCAGAGACCGUGACUUGCUUGAUUAG